AACUCAAUAUACUUAAUAUACGUUGUGUCUACUAAGUCUAUAUCAACAUUGGUAGCAGAGGAUGGUUUGAAGAUGGCUGCGAACUACAGAGUACCGCCGAAGUUUGACGAAACCAGGCCGUAUGAAUGUUGGAAAAAUGAAGUUAACAUAUGGGCACGAGUUACCGAACUCGACAAGAAAAAGCAGGCGCUUGCUGUGGCUUUGGGUCUGGAAGGACGAGCCAAGGAUAUCGCUAUGGAGAUACCAGCAGACGACUUGGACAAAGACACUGGUAUGGCGACAUUACUAGCAAAACUGGACGGUGUGUUUCAGCAAGAAGAAAAGGACCGCGCGUACGAAGCGUAUUCCCAGUUUGAUCGUUUAAUGAAAGACAGUUCCGUUUCAAUGGCAGACUACAUAAUUGACUUUGAGCAGCGAUACAAUCGAAUUAAAAAGUACGACAUGGCGCUUCCAGAUGCUGUGUUAGCCUUCAAGUUGUUGGACACGGCCUGCCUCGAUGAGAAAAACAGACAACUUGCACUAACGGCGUGCCCCGACCUAAAGUUUGCGUCCAUGAAGUCGGCACUCAAGCGGAUUUUUGGAGCGAAAACGGCGCCAGGUUUGUCGCACGGGAUUCAACUAAACCAAGAUGCAGCUUUCUUCACUGAACAACGACAACGACAAGGACAGGGAAGACGGAACACGUUUCAACAGACGAGUGAAAGGACACCGUUGCCGGGCACCAACCCAUUGGAUAAGUUCGGUAAGCGUUCAAGAUGUGCCGUUUGUCAAAGCACAUUUCAUUGGGCCAAGGACUGUCCUUACAAGAAGAACGAACAAGUAAGACUAACAGAAGACGAAAAUGUAGAAGAAGUUAACAUAACGUUGUUGACAAAUGACCCUAUGUCUGACGCUGAGAUUUUCAUAACUGAAUCCCUGGGAUCAGCCAUCAUAGACACGGCAUGCACUCGUACAGUAUGUGGGGAGAAAUGGCUUGACAGUUAUGUUAGUUGUCUUAGUCAAGAGCAGACAGACAAAAUGAUGAGGACAGAAAACACCAGUUCAAGACCAUUUCGUUUUGGAGAUGGCAACUUAGUAUAUUCCACCAGAAAAGUGAAACUACCUGCCAAAAUAGGACAAACAAAAUGUCACAUUGAGACAGAAGUGGUCAACGCUGACAUUCCACUGCUGCUGAGUAAGUCCUCACUGAAGAAGGCAGGAACUGUUUUAGAUAUGGAGAAUGACAGAGCAGUGAUGUUUAAACAGCAGAUUCCUCUUGAGUUCACCAGCUCAGGACACUACUGUGUGGACAUAAGAGACAAAAACAGCACAACACAGCAAAUGAAAGAUGACGUGAUACUUGCAGCGACAGCUGAAGAUGAAGUCCUGACAGUGACAGAAAACAUGUCUUCAGCCGAAAAGCGCAAAAUCCUUCUCAAGCUACACAAACAGUUUGGCCACGCAUCUGCAGACAGGCUGCAGAGGCUAAUUCAAAGCUCGGGUAAUAAAGACAAGGACUGCCUCACUAUUUUGCAACAAAUAGUGCAUGAUUGUGACAUAUGUCAGAGAUACAGCAAAGCGAAGCCGAGGCCAGCUGUUGGUCUGCCUCUAGCUACAGAAUAUAAUGAGACGGUGGCGGUGGACCUGCAUGAGUUGGAGCCAGGAGUGUGGUAUCUACAUGUGAUCGACCAAUUCACCCGGUUCAGUGCAGGAAGCAUUGUGAAGACAAAGAAGGCCUCUGAAAUGGUCAACGCCCUCAUCCACACAUGGAUAAGUGUUCACGGCCCUCCUCGUAUUUUGUACAGCGACAACGGUGGAGAGUUCAAUAAUGAAGAGUUUCGUGACAUGGCCGAAAACUUCAACAUCGAGACGAGGACAACAGCAGGAUACAGUCCCUGGAGCAACGGGCUGUUGGAGAGACACAAUCAGACUCUCACCGACAUCCUACUGAAGUGAUGCCUCGCUGGGAAACUUGCCUGAUGGAGGUACUCAAGGAGGGACAUUGAUCACUCUCAUGGGGGAAAACGGGAAGUUUUCUCCUCUCUGUUGGCAAUCUAA